UGAGUUACAGCUUUGCCCCGUUCUUCACUGCCUUUACGGAGGAAGACACUGAGGUUCUGUAAAUACAGUGUUGCAAAGCAGAUGGAGUAAACCCUUUAUGAAAACAGAUCCCCGAACAGCGUGACUUCUAGGAAUUCUCUUCUGGGGUGACCAACUGUGGACCUUGUGAACAUCCGCAUGCUUCAAAUGCACUGUUGGAAUAAAUCAUUUUUGAGGCCUGCGCAAUGCGUGCUGACCUUUACCCUGCUGACACCAGGAACAUCCAGUGAAUGACGCAGCUAUAACGUAUCAAAUUAAAGUUUUCACUACCGGCAGAGACGAUGGCGUUUUGAACUUUUUUUCUGAGCGAGUGGUCCUCUGAAAUCUUUGAACAUUGACAAUGGCAGCGUGUUGACCCUCUGAUUAAUUCUUUGUUCUUUGUCCUGUGCUUCUCAAACCAGCUGAGGGAGGAGUUCUAUAACGGUGUUUUUAUGUGUGUUUUCAGUUUCAAGGCAUCCUCUUUUUAAAAGAAAGACUUGAUUGUGUCCAGAAGCUUCUGUGUUACUUUUUACCUCCCAUCCUAGUUUCUCUUUUGCUUGAAUGCUCUUUCAAGAGAGGGGGUGGAAAAAAGACAGUGCCCUUGUUGCCAAUAUAAACAAAUGAACAAACAUCUCAAUCAGCUUCAUUCCUUUUGACAUAGUCUCGCUGACGGGAGAUACACGACUCCUCUUCCAUGGUAGAAAAACAAAGUUGUAUUUUUUUUUAAUUAUUAUUAUUGGAGACAAGUCAGCUCAACACCUAUAUAUUCUGAUCAUUUUUCAUGCUAUCAAAUUGACAUCAAAGGAAACACUUAUCUGGAACAGCAAUAAAGCAAUCAGUUAGCUCUCACCAGAUCAUAAACACAAGACACUGGCGAGAAGCAGUGCUGAGUAAUCAAGGAACAAGAAAAUCCUCAUUGUUUGCUAACUCUCUGUAGUCACAUCAAAGGAAGGGGAAACCAGUCAGUAUUAUCUGAGAGCAUCACCGAAAUCGGCAAAAAUCUACAGAGCAAGAAUUACUCACGACAGCCUCCGCCCCCUCGAUACCCGUGGUUUCAAUUUGAAACGGUUUCAUAGUCUGCGUUGCCCUGGCGAGUAACGAUGCAUGCGCCGGGUCGCCGCCGGUGAGAAAGAUGUACGCGGCGUCGGGCAUGACAGAGUGCAAGGCGGAGGUGACUCCGUCAACGCGCAAUGGCCACCGCGUCUUUAGCUACACCUUGGAGAGCCACACUUGCGCGGCUUUCUCCAUCAUGAACGAGCUCCGUCUGGAGCGCCAGCUCUGUGAUGUCACGCUACGGGUCAAGUACAACGACCUGGAGGCCGUGGAUUUCGUCGCGCACAAGGUGGUGCUGGCGUCCUCGUCGCCCGUCUUCCGUGCCAUGUUCACAAACGGUUUGAAGGAGUGUGGCAUGGAAGUGGUACCCAUUGAGGGUAUCCACCCAAAGGUAAUGGAACGCCUGAUUGAGUUUGCUUAUACAGCCAGUAUAUCGGUCGGGGAGAAGUGCGUGAUCCAUGUGAUGAACGGAGCAGUGAUGUACCAGAUAGACAGCGUGGUCAAGGCAUGCUGUGAUUUCUUGGUACAACAGCUUGACCCUAGCAAUGCAAUAGGCAUAGCCAACUUCGCAGAGCAAAUCGGCUGCACGGAGCUGCACCAGAAAGCCCGCGAAUACAUCUACAUGAACUUCAGUCAGGUAGCCACUCAGGAGGAGUUUUUCAACCUGUCUCACUGCCAGCUGGUGACUCUGAUCAGCAGGGACGAGCUGAACGUUCGCUGCGAGUCGGAGGUGUUCCACGCAUGCGUGGCGUGGGUGCAGUACGACCGCGAGAACCGCCGGCCUUACGUGCAGGCGCUGCUGCAGGCCGUCCGCUGCCACUCGCUCACGCCGCAUUUCCUGCAACGACAGCUGGAGCACUUUGACUGGGAUCCCCAAAGCAAGGACUACUUGGCUCAGAUCUUUCAAGACCUCACUCUCCACAAACCCACCAAGGCCAUCUCCUGCCGAACACCCAAGGUCCCCCAGCUAAUCUACACCGCCGGCGGUUACUAUCGUCAGUCUCUCAACUUCCUGGAAGCCUACAACCCGUGCACGGGCGCCUGGCUGCGGCUGGCUGACCUGCAGGUUCCCCGGAGCGGGUUGGCGGCCUGCGUCAUCAGCGGACUGUUUUAUGCCGUGGGCGGCCGGAACAACGCGCCGGACGGGAACAUGGACUCCAGCAUGCUGGACUGCUACAACCCCGUCAACAACUGCUGGUCUCCGUGUGCACCCAUGAGCGUUCCCCGGAACCGCAUCGGGGUGGGCGUCAUCGACGGCAUGAUCUAUGCCGUUGGGGGGUCCCACGGUUGCAUCCACCACAACAGCGUAGAGAGAUAUGACCCGGAGAAGGACUCGUGGCAGCUGGUGGCGCCCAUGCUGACGAGGCGCAUAGGAGUGGGCGUGGCCGUCAUCAACCGGCUGCUGUACGCCCUGGGCGGCUUCGACGGUACCAACCGGCUCAGCUCGGUGGAGUGCUACAACCCCGAGAGAGACGAGUGGAGGACCGUAGCUCCCAUGAACACGGUGCGCAGCGGGGCAGGGGUUUGUGCUUUGGGAAACAGGAUCUACGUCAUGGGUGGGUACGACGGCACCAACCAGCUGAACACGGUGGAGCGAUACGACGUGGAGACGGACAGCUGGAGCUUUGCCGCGUCCAUGACGCACAGACGCAGCGCGCUGGGCGUGACCACGCACCACGGUCGCAUCUAUGUACUCGGUGGUUAUGACGGUAAUACCUUCCUGAGCAGUGUGGAGUCCUAUGACCCAGACACUGACACCUGGACGGAGGUCACUAACAUGACCUCUGGCAGAAGUGGUGUGGGCGUAGCAGUUACCAUGGAACCUUGCCAAAAGAAAUGCCAGAAGCACUAAUUCCCCCUUCUCCCUCCAUCCCUCCAUUUUUACUCAUCCGUGGGCAUGUCAGCUCACAGUAGCUCUGGAGUUGGAAUUCAAUGUCUCGAAACAGACCGUGAGAGGAAAGCUUCCCAAGGCUUGGUUUAACGCUGUAAGGAAAUUUAAAACAAUUUCAAAAAAGAAAAAAAAAAGGUUAUUUAGUUCUUUAUGACCUAGGAGCAUCUUGUGUGUGUUUUUGUUUUGUUUUGUUGUGUCUUUUUUUUUUGUUUUGGUCUCUCUCAGACAUGGUGGUCGUCAAAAUAUGAAGUUGUUUUUUUUUUUUUAGACACUCUGCCAUUGCUGUUGUUUGAUUUGAACAUUUUUUUCAACUCAUGACCAAAGGUUCUUUAGCCCAAGAGACAGAAAGUAUGAGACGGAGAGGUCGCGGAAGACUGCGAGACUGUGAGAGACUUUCAGAUAGACGUUCUUGUGUGGCGCCUCAAGAUGGUGAUAACACACACACACACACACACACACAUAGAGAGAGAGAGAGAGAGAGAGAGAGAGAGAGAGAGACAGUCAGGGAUACCUUUUCUGUAUUAAAGACCAGCCUGUGCAUGGAACACAGAAGCAAACAACUGCACUUGUUACAGUUCAAACAUGGAAGUACGGUAAAAACGCGGAUAACUCACGAUAACUGCACAAAGUUAGAAUUAGGUCUCUUCGUUAGUUAGGUUUUAGUUUUAAUUCUUCUUUUUUUUUUUCCAAAAUACAAAGUGCCAUUGAAUUUCUUGACCACAAAGUCAGUAUAUGCUAUCGAAUCUAGAUAUGAAGAAAGGGCUAAAAAAAAGAGAGAGAGGGAAAAAGGUGCCACUGGGAGAGGGAGUCAGUGUGCCAGGUUUCCAACAGAGUGCCACACAGACUUCCAAGUCCCCCCUG